AUAUCAGGUACCCACUACCUUCAAAGCCGAGCUGCAUUCAUGAGAGUUGACCGUCAAGGGUACCGCUCAAUGCUAUCGCCGGUACAUCCGGCUGCCAUACUGCCCCGCUAUCCAGUACAAUGUUGCCCCACCCUGCCUCGCCCUCCUUGCCUCGCCUCCCUCUUCACGUCGAGCUCCCCCGUAGGUACCCACUCGCCAUAACCCUCCUCCAGAAGAACCGCCAGACACGACGGAGAGCGAGUUGAACACACACCCACGGUCGACAACGACUACGCAUAGCACCCAGCCAUGGCUGACAACGAUCCCACCCCGGAGCAGGAGGCCGCCGCCCGCGCCAAGGAGGCCGCCGAGCAGGCCGCCCUGCCGUACACGUGGAACCAGACGAUCGGCGACCUCGACGUCGCCAUCGCCGUGCCGGCGGCGCUCAAGGCGCGCGACCUCGUCGUCGAGAUCAAGCGCCAGCACCUCAAGGCCGGCAUCAAGGGCCAGGACCCCAUCAUCGACGGCGACCUGCCGCACGCGGUGGACGUGUCGGGGUCGACGUGGACGCUGACGAGCGGGGCGGGCGCGGGCGCGGGCACGAAGACGCUGGAGAUCCACCUGGAGAAGGCGAACAAGCAGGAGUGGUGGGCGCACGUGACGACGGGGGCGCCGCGGAUCGACGUGACGCGGAUCGAGCCCGAGAGCAGCCGGCUCGGCGACCUCGACGGCGAGACGCGCGCCAUGGUCGAGAAGAUGAUGUACGACCAGCGCCAGAAGGAGCUCGGCCUGCCCACCUCCGACGACCAGCGCAAGGCCGACAUCCUCCGCAAGUUCCAGGACCAGCACCCCGAGCUCGACUUCUCCAACGCCAAGAUGAGCUAGCGCCCCGGGCCCCGGGCCCGACGCCUGGGAGAGAAGGGACGGCACGGGACGGGGCGGGACGGGGGCGAGAGGGGAUGGGGACGGUGGUGAGGGUUAUGUACCUACCUAUUACGUGUGGGAAGGGCAAGAGCGCGGUGGGAAAAGAAAGAAAUUACACAAAACGGAAAAGGUACCUGCGUCACACACCAAUGGACCGGCUGUAGUGCGUUAUGUGGGAGUUUGCUCAAGUCGACGGGGAG